AUGCCGACGAGAGUUGAGGCAGGAGCAUAUCUUGGGGGGUCCUUCUGUGCGACCACAGAGCGAUGUCGGGAAGGGUCAAGCACCCAGGGCAGAAUGGGGAUCCGCAGUGCUGUGCCACCAUCUUGCUUGCCUCUGAAGGCCCAGGCUCUCCCCCUCCGGUGGUACCUGAAGAAGCGUACUGGUGAUUUCAUGCGGGAAAUCUUCCGUCCAUGUGAGCGACGCACCAAGGCUUCAUUUCAAGUAGCCCUCGGCUCAGGUAAGCCUUUAGUAGGGUAACGUGCCGCCCAGGAGGUUUUUGUACCUUGAGUUGGCCUUCUUGUCUUCGGUAGCACCACUCUCUCUUCUCCUCCCCUGUAUCCCAGGCUCGGUAGUCCGGGCAACUUGGCCCAGAAGCUUUGGAAGUUUUUGUCAAGCCAUUGUAGGAGACGGUCUAUAG